CAUCAAUCGUUCCGCAAAGAAAAAUGUGUUUUGUCUAGUGAAAGUGCUUCGAAAACUCAGCGCAACCCAUUCUCUAUAGUAUCAUUCCACGGUAUAUUACAAUCGUUUGGUUCGAAGUUCAAGUGUUCAUAGAGAAAAACAAACACAGCGGAAAGCAACAUGGACACAACGCAGCAGCAACCCAACCCGCUUGAGCAGAAAACGAAUGCCCAUAUCGAGCGAAUCUUUCUCAUUACGCUCAACAAGAAUCCGCAGAAAAACAAACAGCUGGUUUACAUGGAGGAUGUGGCACAGGGCGUCGAGAAUGGGCUGCUUGAUCUGGAGGUGCUGGAGCAGGCACUGUUCGAGCGGCUCAUGCUGUUCAACCCGUCGGAGUAUCUUAUCCCCAACAACAUUACCUCAUCCGACACGCCUCAGAUCGCGGAAUCGAAGGUAAUCGUGUACCUCUACGGAUGUUUCGUGCGCAAUGAAAAACCCGUCGAUCAGGGCGACAGUGUUGCAGUGGAAAAUCGGCGCAAAAUGAAAGCCCUUAUUUUGCGGAACGCUUGCACCUCGCUGAAACAACCCGAGCUGUACGAGGGCCAAAACCUAUCCAAUCAGGUGCUCGAUAUCUUCAAGCAAACGGAGCUGGAUGACCAGUCGGUGAAGGCACACUUCGUGUCGGAAACGGUGCGCGAAAUUUUCGCCGAUUCCGACACGGAAGAGGAGGGCUACCUUGUGAUUCGAAGCAUUUUUGGUCCAAUGUUUGUGGACGUGCUGAAGGCGUUACGGACGGCGUCGCUGAUCAGCAUCGAGCGCUGGGUGAUGCCGUUCCUGCAGGUAUUCUCCAGCGACAAAACCAAUCCCCGGUUGGCGCACAUUUUUCUCGACUACACCACACCACCCGCGGGCUCCGAGGGUAUCAAGUACUCCGAAUCGUUGCUAGGGCAACUACUGUCGCUUUCGAUUAUGCCACAAAACCAUAACGGACCGUAUGAGUACUAUGAGAACCCACUGACGACGACACGCUCGGCGUGUGAUAAUUUGUCCUCGAGCCUGUGGAACUACACCAAGCUGCACCUGGAGCAGAUGCACGGGUUUGUGAAGAGUUUCCUGCUACUGGGCGGGGACGUCCGAAGUAAAACGCUCGAUUGGAUAGGAAAGUGUCUGCACGCCAAUGUACCCCGUGGACAGAUUUGGAACACGCACCAUGGGCUGGGAAUGUUUGGCAACCAAACCACGUCGCCCGAUUCGUUCAGUAUCAAUUUGGCCGGUGUGCUGUUGCGUCUCUGUCAACCGCUACUCAAGCCCCAGCUGAAGGUUCUGAUUGUCGAUCCCACGUACUGUGCCGUCCGGGAUGCGGCCGACAAACAGACGAAAGGUGUGCACAUGCUCGACACGGAGAAAGAGACCUGCCUCCUUCCGCUGGAGGAGGAAAACGAGCAACGGCUGGAGGCGGAGCGGUACAACUUCGUCACGGAGUGUUUCUUCAUGACGCACAAGGCUAUCGAUCUCGGGUUUCGCGUGUGUAUUGAAAAGUUCUUCCGCACCAACCGGGAGCUGCACCGGCUGCAGACGAUGUACCACGAAACGAUCGCGCAGAACGGGCCCGAUGUGGCCAACGACAUCAUGCAGAUGCUGUCCUCGCAAACGCAACAGUUCCUCUGUCUCCAGAACGUCCUGCUGGAACCGGCCACCGAUCAGCUGUUGCUACAGUUCUACGAGGCGUCCGCCAUUUGGUUAACGCAGGUUAGCUCCCGCGAUGCCGCGCAGCUCGAUGCGCUCGAUCCGGCCAAAGGAUUCUCGCCGCAGACGGUGGAACCGGUUGAGCUGCCAUUGCGAACCGAUGUGCGAGUUUCGCGCGUCCUCAAGUGCAUUCCGGAGUACAUCAUCGAGAACAUUGUGGGAUAUUUGCAGUUUUCGCGCCACUUCGACAGCCAACCGCUGCGGGUGGACGUCGAGGCCCAGAAGGCCGUCUUCACGAUGGUGCUGAUCUUUAUGGGUAGUUCGGAGCGCAUCCGCAAUCCGCACCUCCGGGCCCGGCUCGCCGAGGGUCUCGAGAGUCUCCUACCGAAGGACUCGGAAACGGGUGGAUUCAGCUUCAGUGCCGCCCUGUUCACUAACCAUCCGCACCGGCUCGAAAUCAUUCCCAAUCUUCUGCGAGUGUUCGUGAGCAUCGAAAUGACGGGCCAGAGCGUGCAGUUUGAGCAGAAGUUUAACUACCGACGGCCGAUGUAUGCCAUCAUGGACUACCUGUGGAAGCUUGACGAGCAGAAGCAGUGCUUCCGGGAGCUGGAGCGGCUAGCGAUCGAAAACAUCGAGGCCGAAGAUCCGCCCAUCUUCCUGCGCUUCAUCAACCUGCUCAUCAACGAUGCAAUCUUCCUGCUGGACGAGUCGCUGAGCAACCUGCAGCAGAUCCGCCAGAUGCAGGGUGCCCAGGACAACGGCGAGUGGGAAUCACUGCCCCAAACCGAACGCCAGCAGAACCAAGCGAACCUGCGCAAUCUGGGGAUGUUGGCGCGGUUCGAUAAUAUUCUCGGUCGCGAUACGAUCAACAUCCUCCAGCUGCUGACGUCGGAGACACAGUCCAUCUUCUGCCACUCGUCGAUGGUGGACCGGGUGGCGGCGAUGCUGAACUACUUCCUGCUCAAUCUGACCGGCCCAAAGAAGGGCAACUUUAAGGUGAAGGAUAAGCGCGAGUUUGAGUUUGAUCCGGCACGGACGGUGCUGGAGAUUUGUCGCAUUUACGUCAACCUGCGGGAGUGCGAUGCGUUCUGUUUGGCCGUCUCGCAGGAUGGCCGUAGCUACAGUCCGCAGCUGUUCGAGUACGCCGAGCAGGUGUUGACGCGCAUCGGCGGUGGUCAACUGAUCGGCGAGAUACAGGAGUUCUCGCAGAAGGUGCAGCGCAUCGAAAAGCAGCAAAAGAUCGACGAGGAAGCGUUGAUCGAUCCGCCGGACGAGUUCCUCGAUCCGAUCAUGUCGUCGCUGAUGACCGACCCCGUCACACUGCCCAGUUCGCGCAUCACCGUCGAUCGGUCGACGAUCGCGCGCCACCUUCUCUCCGAUCAGUCCGAUCCGUUCAACCGUUCGCCGCUGACGAUGGAACAGGUGAAACGAAACGAUCAACUGAAGAGCGAAAUCGACGCGUGGAUACGGGAGAAACGGGCCGCCCAUGCCGUGGCCCUGGCUGCCAAAGCAAACGAGACGACGCAGACGACGAUGACGACGACGACGACGAUGGAAAGUAGCACCGAUGAGACCACCACUGCUGAUGCCGAACAAACGGCAGCUGACCAAUAGCAGCGGACCGUCUCCUUCCUUCCCUAGCCAAUUCCUUACCGUGAACGCACCACGGCACCGUUCCAGUCCCGUGAAACCCAACACCACUACUUUGGCUAUCGUCGUGCAUGUUUCGGUUUUAUCGUAAAUCUUAGUGCAGGGUUUUCUUUAAUUUUAACAAAA